UCGGCAGGUGACCGUCAGGAUGUUUUGACCCUCCGGAGAUCACAAACUUCGACCUCCAUUCAUCACCUCCCACCGUCAGAGCCACCGCCCCCCGUCGGCUCACCAGCGCCCCCCGCUGGCUCCACAGCGUUCCCUGUAAACUCACCAGAGUCCCCUGUCAGCUCCACAGCAUUCCCUGUCGGCUCACCAGCGCCCCCUGUUGGCUCCACAGCGUUCCCUGUCAGCUCACCAGAGCCCCCCGUUGGCUCCACAGUGUUUCCUGUCAGCUCACCAGUGCCCCCUGUUGGCUCAACUGCGCCCCCUGCAGACAUGGACAGCGUUCCCAAGAGGUGGGUGUUGAAGCCUCUCUCCCCCCUGUUGCAACCUUCAGACCUGCGCACCAUUGCUGGCCCCGCCUCCAACCUGGAUGACUUGGAUUUCAGCAGCAUCUCAGUGACUCGUCAGUCCUCGGUGGUCGUGUCCUCCCUGGAGGACAAGUCCCAGGAUGUGGUGAUUGAAGCCCGGCAGGUUGCCGUGUCACAGGAUGAGGGGAGCACCAGCGACGAGUGGCAGCCCAGCAGCCCUAGCAGCCUCAGUAGCUCCGGCUCGCACUGCGGAUUUUACUCCUUCGUAGAAGAUCCUGCGAGUCCCGAGGCCGAGCUGAACGAAGCCUGGAUGGUGUCACCGCAGCGGCAGGCACAGAUGGUCACGCUGAAGGAGGAGAGAGGAUUCAAACUAAAGACCUACAGCAGCAGCAGGAAGCCGGACAGCCUGUUCUCCGACAGCAACGGAGAUUCACUGUACAGAGUUGAUCCAAACAUCCCAGCGGUCAGGGAGGAUGAGGAGAAGCAGCUCCGCAAGGAGAUCAUCCGCAACCAAGCACCCAAGAAGAACCCAGAGCUAAAGGACCAGUUAAGCCCACUGGAGACCCUGGAUCUGAAGCAAUCUACUGACAAACUCAUCGAAGGCUUCAGUUUGAGCUACAGUCCUGUCAGAUCAGAACCAUCCCGACCCACUGAGCCCGGGACCAUUGACAAGGAGCAGAUCAACUUCAGUGCAGUGCGAAAGCAGUUCCUGAAGAUGGAGCAGGACCGACUGAUGAUGCUUCUCAACCCGCUGAGGUCCUCAAAGACACACCUGACCUCAUCUCGACCUGACGUGUCAACACCAGGGAGGCUAGAGACGUUUGGCAGCGUGGAGGACACCAAAAACACGACAACAUUUAAAGCAGAAGCAGAUAAAGAGACAUAUCCGCAGAGGAGGGUGACGGUGCUCCAGUCUCAGGACAGUGUGUUCGAUGACCUGGACUCGCACCCGGAACAGCUGGAGGUGGGCAGUGGCAUCACCAACAACAAAGGCCUGUUCAGCAGCUACACUGAGCUGGACGGUGGGACCAUCAGGUCCAGCACUGCCUCUGAAACCCCGAUCGAAAGGGAGAUCCGGUUAGUUCAGGAACGUGAGGAGACACUGCGACGGGCCCGAGGUCUGAAGCACAGCAAUAGCCAGGAGAUGGUCGAGAUCACAACCAAACGUUUACAGUCGCCGCUGACGCCCAAAGCCAAAGACAAGAACCGAGUGAGCUUCAUUUUCCAGACAGAGAUCCAGAACCAGAGAAAGGGGGAACCUCAGCUGAAAGAAGACAGCCCAGAUGCAUUGCCAAAGCUGGAGGACAUGAGGAAGGAGUCGGAUCCACAAGAGAAGGACCAGACCGACAGCUCAGUGCUCCCUUCUCCUUGCUGUCCUCACCGUCACCCCGAAGAAUCUGAGUUCAGCCGAGAGAGUCUGGAUGUGUCCUCUCUGACCGAGACAAGCUCAAGACGUUUCUACCGGGAUCGAGAGCGUUCCUCUUCCUCCAGCUCCUCCUCCUCCCCAACACUGCCUCGUUGGCGUGACACCCUCUGGACCACCCCUCAGUCCCGGAGGGGGAACCUAGAGUCCACCGGCCUGCAGUCCAGAGGACAAGGAGCGCCAGACUUCAUUGAGAAGGAGAUUGAGGAGGUUCUGAGGCGGGAGCAGGAACUGAAGGAGCUGAGGGAGUCCAGGGAGGACCACCAACCACUGUUCUCUCCAGCUCCUCUGGUUGAACAGGCGACCCGGACGGCCAUCAGUCAGUUUUACCCGCCUGUAAACACAGACAAAGCCGUCAGUGUUUCCCCUGCUCGUCCCUCCGUCCGUAUGUCCUCCAUCUCCCUCAUCAGCGCUCAGCCCUGGACCUCCUCGACCUCCUCCUCCCCGGUGGUUCGCUCAGUGCCGGUCCGUGGUCUGACAGAGACGCUGCUGCAAGACUUCGAGGAGCGACAAGCCAAACGGAAGCUGGAGGAGAGCUCAUACGCAGGAAUCCAGCCGGUCGACGACGUCAACGAGGAGGUUGUUGAGUCAACUCGAGUUAUUCGACAUAAAAACCAGAGAGCUCUGCGCUGGGAGGCCGGGGUGUUCGCCAACCAAGAGAACCAAUGAGAUCAGCAGAACCAGAACCAGAUCCAGAACCAGAUCUGUCCUUUGGGGACAUUUGUUGUUCGGCAGCACGACAGAUUCUUCCCUUCAGCUGAAAUUCAAAUGAUUUUAAAGUUGGACGCUUCAACAGACAAGGCUGAUUGGUCCUUUACGAUGUGUACCCUGCCCUCGUCCAAUCAGCUGCCAGCUGCUGCAUCUUAAGCAAUCAUGAAGUUCCUGAUUCAUGUAAAAAAGAAAUAAAUAAAAAAGUUCAUGUGAGUGAAACAGCACUUUGUUCUGCAGACCUCUAAUCUGACACAGCACAAAAGCACAUUUCUGAAUUCAUUAUGAUUUGAAGCUGAUGUAGCUGAAAGAAUAAAAGCAAUAACUGUC